AGAAAAAAAAAACAUAAAUCAAAAAUAAAUAAAUAAACUAAAGGGGAGCCAAAGCGACGCGGAGAGAGGAGCCGUCCAGAGAGGGAGCAGCUAUGGGUUAGACUGGACUGACCAUGACUGCGAGCUAAAAGGCAAGAGCGCUUGAUUUCUCAGCCCGGGGGAGGAGGAGGUGUGCACGAGGCAGGGGAGGCAGGAGCUGCUCUGGCAGGACGGCGGAGGAAGUCAGUGGGAAUUAGCGGGUUGUGGAGGCAGAGCAGGUGGCCAAACGCAGCCGAGGCAACGAUAAUAUAGGAUAUCAUGGCACUGUCCACUCUGUAAUCCCGGUGUAGGGAGCCCUGUCGCUGCGUUGGCUCCUCUAGCUCCUCCGCCAGCCUGCUUUCUGUACUAUGUACGUGUGUAUCUAUCAUUCUCUGCAGCAGCCUGAAGAUGUCAGCUCCUCUCGGGCCCCGGGGCAGCCCGGCAGCCCCGCCGGACGUGCCGGACCUGAGCCACCUCACCGAGGAGGAGCGAAAGAUCAUCCUCUCGGUCAUGGAUCGCCAGAAGAAGGAAGAGGAGAAGGAGCAGUCCAUGCUGAAGGAAACUCCAAAAGAAGAGCCAAAGCCUCAGUCACCUCAGUGGAACCCUUUAAUUGGCCUCAGUGAGCUGGUUAGUAAUGCUCUGCAGCCUCAAGCAAAGUCACCCACUGAAGAGGACCUCAAGUCGAAGCUGCACCAGCAGUUUGAGAUGUAUAAGGACCAGGUGAAGAAGAUCGGGGAUGAGGCUCAGAAGGCUCAGGAGCAGAAGGGCGACUCCCCCACCUGCGGAAUCUGCCACAAAACCAAGUUUGCCGACGGCUGCGGCCAUGUGUGUUCUUAUUGCCAAACCAAGUUCUGUGCGCGGUGCGGAGGACGUGUCUCUCUGAGAUCCAACAAGGUAAUGUGGGUGUGCAACUUGUGCCGAAAACAACAAGAAAUCCUCACCAAGUCGGGGGCCUGGUUCUACAGCGGCGCUGAGGGCCGUGGGUUGGGGCCCCAGGCCAAGGGGUCCAGAGUUGUGGACAGGAAACGAAGCCCGUCAGCAUCCAGGGAUCCAAACGCAGUGUACAACCAAAGGGAGGGGGUUGGAGGACUGCAGCAUGCGCCGGCGGACCCUGGCAUGCCUCGUUCUCCGUCCGACUACGGACGAGACCCGGCCCGCUCUCCUCGGGGCUCCAGGAUGUACGAGGACCCUCGCUGGCACUCUCAGGACCAGCACCUGGACGCCCAGCUAGAUGACUAUGAGCUCCAGCGGCGUCGGGAGCAGGAGGAGGAGUACCAGGCCCGUUACCGCAGUGACCCCAACCUUGCACGGUACCCGGUCAAACCACAGCCCUAUGAAGAGCAAAUGCGUAUCCAUGCCCAGGUGUCCCGGGCGAGGCACGAACGCCGCCACAGCGACGUUUCCCUCGCUUACACAGAGGUGGACGAGCCUCUACACGGCCUCGGAGGGAGGCAGUCUCGACCGCCGCUUCUUGGAGGCCCGGGACCACGUUCCUACUCAGUAGACAGGAGUUCGCCAGGACCACGGACAUCUAAUCAUAGCCCUCCGACGCCCCAUCGCAGUCCCGUGCUUGGCGAGCCAGCCAGGAGGCCGGUUCCCCAGCCACACCACCUGGAUCCCAGCUCAGCCCUCCACAGGAGUAAGGCAGGACGGGAGAAGAUGGACGGCAUGCUGAGAAACGACUCGCUUAGCUCCGAUCAGUCGGAGUCCGUCAGGCCGCCCAGGCCGCACCGCAGCCGUCACCGCACGGGCAAGCUCAGGGCCAUGGGCAGCUUUAGCAGCUCUGAGGAGGAGCUGGCAACCACACCCGAGUACACCAGCUGCGAGGACGUGGAGCUGGAGAGCGAGUCCAUCAGCGAGAAAGGAGAUAUGGAUGGUCACUGGUGGGACCAUGCGUCUUGGCAUAGUGAGGCCUCCCCUAUGUCUAUGCACCCGGUGACAUGGCAACCGUCCAAAGAUGGGGAUCGCCUAAUUGGGCGGAUUUUGCUCAACAAGCGGAUGAAGGAUGGCACGGUGCCCAGAGACACCGGCGCUCUGCUGGGCCUGAAGGUGGUCGGUGGGAAGAUGACAGAAUCCGGUAGGCUUUGUGCUUUCAUCACCAAAGUGAAGAGAGGAAGUUUAGCAGAUACUGUUGGCCAUCUUCGACCAGGCGACCAGGUUCUCGAAUGGAAUGGCAGGGUCUUGCAGGGAGCCACAUUCAAGGAAGUUUACAAUAUCAUUCUGGAGUCCAAGCCCGAACCCCAAGUGGAGCUGGUGGUCUCGCGGCCCAUUGGUGAUAUUCCCAGAAUACCAGAGAGCACACAUGGACAGCUUGAAUCAAGUUCAAGUUCCUUUGAAUCCCAGAAGAUGGGCCCAUCCAUCUCGGUCACAUCGCCCAUGAGCCCCGGCAUGCUCCGUGAUGCCCCACAGUAUCUGUCUGGACAGCUUUCAGUGAGUUCCCAGCAUGCUCUUGGGCCACAGAUUAGUAGUCCAUGCCUUAGUAGAAGAACCACGCCUUUUGUCCCUAGGGUCCAGGUGAAGCUGUGGUACGACAAAGUGGGACACCAGCUCAUUGUCACCAUCCUGGGAGCCAAAGACCUGCCUGCUCGGGAGGACGGCCGGCCCAGGAACCCCUACGUCAAAAUAUACUUCCUUCCUGACAGAAGCGACAAAAGCAAGAGAAGAACGAAAACGGUGAAGAAGUCUCUGGAGCCCAAGUGGAACCAGACGUUCAUGUACUCCCCCGUACACAGGCGGGAGUUCAGGGAGCGCAUGCUGGAGAUCACGCUGUGGGAUCAGGCCAGGGUCCGCGAGGAGGAGAGCGAGUUUCUCGGAGAGAUUCUAAUAGAGCUGGAGACGGCGCUGCUGGACGAUCAGCCUCACUGGUAUAAACUCCAGACCCACGACCUUUCCUCCCUGCCUCUGCCCAACCCCUCACCGUACAUGCAGAGACGACUGCUGCAGGGAGAGACCAACACACGCAGGCUGCAGAAUAAAGGCCCAUAUUAUUACAGUCCAGGAUCACAGCGAAUCAGCGACAGUGAAUUCUCUGACUAUGACUGUGAAGACGGCAUUGGCGUCAUAUCAGAUUACCGACACAACGGCAGGGACUUCCAGAGCUCUACUCUAUCUGUUCCUGAGCAGGUCAUGUCGUCCAAUCACCGCUCCCGAUCGGAUAUGAUCCGCUCUCGCUCUCGCUCGCCCAGCGUCCCUCCCCCACAGAGUCGAAGUUUAGACCACGGCGUGCGAGGAGGACCGUCUCAGUACAGCCCCCGCCAUCGACUCUCGGAAGACAGAUACUCUCCUGAUAGCCACUAUCUCACCCUACUUCCUCGAACCAGACACAGUCAGCCAGUCAUCGACCCAUCUUCCCAGGAUCCCAGCGGCAACCCCGUGUACCCCAUCUACCGGGAGGACGCGCUCAAGAUGCUGCGCUCCGCUAAGAUGGCCCGAACCUAUUCAGAGGGGGCGUACGGUAGUCUGGACAGGAGGAUGAGGCGGGAUAGACGAAUGUCUGGCUACAAUGACUCUUAUGAAUCUCCUGAGAGACUUUACAAUGGCCCCAACCAUGUCCCCCCUCCAUGGCCUAAUCACGUCAUGAACGGCACCUGUGACGAUUACAGGCGAGAUGUUAACACUGAGCUUGGUCUGUUCAGUAGGACAUGCCCCAGGAUAGAAAUCGAGCCUUCCACGGAUACAGAAAGAGACGACCACAUGCCAGAGUUUCCCGUUAAUCAUGAACCCUAUGAGGAGGAUUUGAGGGCGAACCCCCGCACCGGAUCAGUCCAAACCAGUCCCACGAGCACCCCCGUGUCUGGGCGGAGAGGACGGCAGCUACCGCAGGUCCCUCCAAAGGGGUCUAUGGACAGAAAUGGUGGAGAGGGAGUGUCCGAGCCUUAUGAAGGUUCUCUGAAGGAUCCGUCCAGGCGAGGGAUGGACAGUCUGUCCAUGAAGUCGUCGGACAGUGAUGUAAGCGACGUGUCCGCUAUGUCGAGCGCGUCUCGGCUUAGCAGCGCGAGCUACAUGUCUGUCCAGUCUGAGAGGGCGCGGGCCACUCGCAGGAUCAGCCGUGGCGAGGCGCUCCAGCAGAGUCAGUCUCAGGGGGAGGAGAACACUGGAGCCGCUACAGCAGAGAGGGGAGCGGAAACCACAGGAACAGCCCCAGAAGCAGAGGGGGGAGGGUCCCAAGGGGCAGAGGGGGGUGGUGUGGAGGCUCCUGAAGAGGAAGCAGAAGAGGAGCCGGACAGGGCUCAGACAGCGACGCCCGGGUCCAACAUCACCAAGAGCUCCAGCGUCGGAGGGGACAUGUGUUCGCUCGGCCGAAACGACGAGGACGAGGACGACAAGAAGAGGCGUUCCAGCUUCGGGGCCAAGAUGGCUGCUAUGGUGGGACUGGGGAAAAAGAGCCAAAGCACCUCUCAGCUGGACCCAGAGGAGGAAGGAAAGAAGAAGAAGCCGGUGCGUCUGGCCAUCCAGAGGAGCGUGGAGACGGGCUUGGCCAUCGAGAUGAAGAGCAGGAUGACUCGACAGCCCAGCAGGGAGACGGCCGACGAGGGAGAGAAGCCCAAGCCUGGAAAUCUCAUCUUUCCCGGUGUAAAGAUCUCCACAGACAGCCAGUUCACAGAGUUCUUGGAUGGCUUAGGCCCCGCCCAGCUUGCCGGGAGACAGACGCUGGCCACGCCUCCAAUGGGUGACAUCCAGAUCGGGAUGGUGCACAGAAAGGAGCGCCUGGACGUGGAGGUGAUUCGGGCCAGAGGUCUGGUGGGCAAACCAGGAAACAAGCAGACUCCAGCACCCUAUGUUAAAGUCUACUUACUGGAUAACGGGAAAUGUAUCAACAAAAAGAAGACGCGGCUGGCGAGGAAAACGCUGGAUCCUCUGUACCAGCAGCAGCUGCAGUUUGAAGAGAACCCAGAGGGAAAAGUCUUACAGAUCAUCGUGUGGGGCGACUACGGACGCAUGGACCACAAGUCCUUCAUGGGUGCCGCCCAGAUCCUUCUAGACGAUUUAGAGCUCACCAACAUGGUGAUCGGCUGGUAUAAGCUCUUUCCUCCCACCUCGCUGGUGGACCCCACUCUGGCCCCUUUGAGCAGUAAGCCCCCAGAGGGCGCCAUGGAGAGCUCCAACGUUCGCUCGUAGCAGCGGCAAGGCCAGACUAGCGGUCAGCAGCGGGAAAACUGAGACAGAGGGGAGGAAUCAGGGCUGGACGCUCCGCGCCCUGCGUCCACUGCAUGCUUCAUGUUGCGUCCUCUGAGCCCCGUGGGACGGGAGGCUGAGAAAACGGCCUGCGUUCCUUCUGCCAAAAGAGAAAAGAGACGAGAAAAGGGGAAACACUGUAUCCGUCACAUGGGGGAGACGCUGGAGCCCGACGUCCGCGCGCAAAGCAGCAGGACGUUCGGCCAGAGGGCUUCGGUGGAGCUCAGAAGUGGAUGACCACAUGGAUGUCGAGGAGGGGAGCUACACAGACCUGAUGGUUUACAGAAUGAGUUCUACAGAAGCCCUGUUUUGUUUUUUUUUUGGGGGGGGGGGUUAAAAAGAAAACAAGCGAGGGAGGCCGUUUGUAUUCAGAGGGAUGUCCGAGCUUUUAUCUUUGGUCAGUUUGAGCCGUGCCUGCAAGCCAAGCUCUGAAAACGAGGACAAACACACAAAAAAAAGCCAUGCGGAAUGACCACCAGCAGCUGGCUGAGGUUGGCUGGCAGUCGGAGGAGCACCUGGAAGAAAAGAUCAGAAGUACUGUACUUAUUUCAAGUCGAGCCACAUCAGACGAAAUGAUGUUCCGCGUCCACCGACGGACGAAUAUCGCCACAGUUUCCCGUUUUAAUACAGAAAAAAAGAGAAAAUCUGAAAACGUAAUAGGACUUUUCUCGUGCUCCGGUAUGACGUUCUUUUCGGUGAUGUACUGUAUGAAAUUCCUGAAAGAAUUUGGUUUCGUUUUUUUGUUUGUUUUUUUGGGGGUUUUUUGCAUGGAUGCAGAGUUAGUUGUACUGAAAAAAGAGAGUAUUUUCACCAAGGCUGCAACUUGCAAAAAAAAAAAGGGAGAAAAAAAACGAACAGAUCAGCCAUUUUCGACCGUUUAUAUUAUUUUAAUAUAAAAUUCUCUAGUGCAUGGUUUUCAAGGAGAGUGAAUGCAACAAACAUAAAGAUGUGAUUGUCGUCAUUAGAUCAUGCUUCUGUAUUUUUACAGACAUCAGUUGCAGUGUGGCCUGGGGAACCUGCCUGUCUUGUGUUCUGAAAAAAAAAAAAAAAAGAGGAAAAAAUAACAAAAGAGACGAGUAAGGGGUCUCAGAUAAACGGACAUAAA